CCAGCCAUGGCACCUACAAUCACUGCAGCAGUCUGCCACUCUCAGCAGCACGUGACACUCACACACAAGCUCAGAAAGCCUCUGGUGGAGAAGUUACGCAGAGAGCGAAUCAACAGCAGCAUCGAGCAGCUCAAGUCUCUCCUGCCUCCAGAGUUCCUCACGCUGCAGCCGGACUCCAAGCUGGAAAAAGCAGACGUCCUGGAGAUGACCGUCUGCUUCCUGAGACAACUAAAGUCUUUGGACGGCUUGCCUGUCCAUCCGGGUUACUCCAGUUGCGCCCGUGAGGUGGUGCACUUCCUGACAGAGGAGCGGGCGAGGACGCACUUCCAGCAGCUUCAGUCUUCCUGUGAGGAGAAGCUGAUUGUGGAGGACUUCUCUCCUUUGAACUCUCCAGUCCGCAGCAGCGUCACGAAAGAGGAGAGCACAGCCCACAGCGCCCCCUGGAGGCCAUGGUAGACACAGACAGGCUGAUAUGAACAUGAUGGUCAAAGACGACUGCACUCAUUUCUUCACUAUUGAAGUCACGGCUUCUUCUGUUUGGACAGAAGUUAUAUUUUCAUUUAUUUUGUUUCUUAUUAGAAAUAAUGAUGACAGUCUAUUUAGUCGUGCAUGAUGCAUGAAUCACAUCUGACUGCAUUUGCAGUGUUUUACUUUUUCCAUGUAAUUUUCAUGGAAAUGCCAACAAAUGAUAUUCAUAUAUAAUAUUAUUGAUCAUUUAUUUGAUUUGACUGCUGAUUGACAUCCUAUGGAAACAACAGCAACAAUAUGAUCUUGUCAUGCAUUUUGUAUGAAUAGCAGGAUUGGUUUUGCAAUCAUUGGCAUUCAUUUCUAACACUUUUUCAUAUCUUUUAAAAUGAAAAUAACUUUUUCUUCCUGUGGCUUCUUGAUUCCUGCACAAUUGCAGUUACAGCUUGUGUCUGAAUGGAUGUGUAGCACAUCCGUUUGCAACCAGGCAAUGUUUCCAUGUAUUUUUUAUGGACAUGGUAACAAACUAUGUGAUGUAUUGAUCAACUGAAGUCAUCCUUUCCUGAUCAUCAGAAGCUUUUAUGUGUUAUUUCUUCAAGAAAAGAAUGAAAAUACCUUUCAAAUUAAGAAAGAAAAUCCAACAUCCUGCAUCUUACUGUUUUUGACAGAAGACGGUGGUCAGGUCGUAGUUCUAUUUGAAAUAUAAUUAUUCUAUAUUCCAAGUUUAUAUCAUGAUGAUUUGAAUUCGUCAGCUCAGUCAUUGUCCUUCCUGUGGAAGAGGCGUGAUCUGUUUUACAGUCAGUGCAUGAUAUUGUCUUUUAAUGAUUUCACUUCCUGUAUUUCUAAUUGAAUUUAGUUUCUUGUCAGGGCAACUUUCUGCUUUUGUUUCAUAGUAACAAUCAUUUUAUUCUGUCCUUCAUUGUUGUCGGUCUUUUAUAAAGACUUAUGGUAUCCUUCACUCGCUUUGAGUCCAAAGUGUGUCUUGUGGAAA